UUGGGCGGAUUUGUUUGACAACUUCCCGUUUCCGUUUGGAUUACACACCCACGGGACUCAAUUCAGCAUCAACUAUGCUAAUUCUCGAAGUGAACAAGCGAAGCGAACUUUAUUCUUAAACUUUUGUUUUUUUCCCGGCCACCAUGGGGGAUACGGACACUACCGGGGCCUUCGCUCGCAAACGAAGGAGUGCGUUCGCGGCGGGGAAAGGAGCGAGUCUACAGCCGAUGCAUAAGAAGUGUAUGUCGGGCACUCAGCUCUUGUUGGCCGCCGACAGCAAAAAGGCAAACAGCGAUCCAAGCAAAGUUGACCGCUUGUGGCCCACAACAAAGGGGGACAAAAAGAAAAGAAGAAAUGAUAUAAAUGACAGUUUAAGCUGUCACAAGACACAAGAGUCCCUGCUGACGUCAUCCAGUGGUUUCAAUAACUACAGGGGGAUUCUAAACUGGUGUGUGAUCAUGCUGGUACUUAGUAAUACUCGACUCUUCUUAGAAAACCUGUUGAGAUACGGGAUUCUGGUUGACCCUAUUCAAGUAAUUUCCUUAUUCUUGAAGGACCCCUAUAGUUGGCCAGCAAUGUGCCUGAUAAUUGUGUCCAAUGUGUUUAUCGUGGUGGCUCUUUAUACAGAGAGACAGUUGUCAAAGGGUUCAUUCAGUGAGCGUGUCGGCUUUCUUAUCCAUACUGUUAAUUUCUCUGUUAUGCUGACAUUCCCUGCCGCAGUGGUCCUCCUGGUGCCCUCCACAACCCCAGUCGGAGGUGCGUUUGCACUCGGUUCGUACACUAUUCUCUUCCUCAAGCUUUACUCCUAUAAGGACGUCAACAUGUGGUGUCGGGAGCUGAGCGUCAUUAAGGCUAAGAAACUGGCAAGGUCACUGUCAUGUCCAUCAUCAAAGUACUUCAAUGGAGAUGACCAAAAAGUGUGUUACCCUGGCAACCUCACAAUCAGAGACCUGUACUACUUUGCUUUUGCGCCGACUCUAUGCUACGAGCUCAACUUUCCUCGCUCGCCUAAGAUCCGCAUGAGUUUCCUCCUAAGGAGACUUUUUGAGAUGCUCUUCCUCAUCCAGAUGUUAGUGGGCCUCACUCAACAGUGGAUGAUUCCCAUUAUUCAAAGCUCCAUGAAGCCACUCGAGGACAUGGAUCUAUCUCGGAUGACUGAGAGACUCUUAAGACUGGCUGUUCCCAACCAUUUGCUUUGGUUGAUGUUUUUCUACUGGUUCUUCCACUCAUCUUUGAACUUCACAGCAGAGCUUCUGCGCUUCGGAGACCGGCAGUUCUACAAAGACUGGUGGAACUCGGAGUCGGUGACAUAUUUUUGGCAGAAUUGGAACAUCCCCGUUCACAAGUGGUGUCUCCGGCACUUUUACAAGCCGUUGCUAAGGAGAGGUUUUAGUAAGAUAGUCAGCCAGUCCGCAGUCUUCUUCUUGUCGGCGUUCUUUCACGAGUAUCUGGUGAGUGUUCCUCUGAGGAUGUUCCGACUGUGGGCCUUUACGGGCAUGAUGGCUCAGCUUCCAUUAGCCUGGUUCGUUGGCCAUUACCUGCGUGGUAACUACGGCAACGCCGCAGUGUGGAUGUCACUCAUAAUUGGUCAACCAACCGCCGUCCUGAUGUACGUCCAUGACUACUACGUUUUGCAUUACAGACAAGAAACAGACUAAUAUUUAUAUGUUGCUUUAUCUGCCGGGGGAAUGACUAUUAGUUUCUUGUCUUGAAAAAAUAGGAAUUAUUAUUUGAAAAUAUUUCCAGGUGACUUUUUUUUGCCAGUAUCCUCAUGCAACUUGGUACAAAUAGGAUUUUUUUUAAAUUUUAUUUUUAGUACUGCAAACCUCAAAGUAUCCUGCACUAAAACACUAUAUUUUGCAAGAAAAACAGUUUUUGAUUCCGUCGAUACACUUUCGCAAUUCAUUUUUUUUUAAAAAGUGCCUUCAUAGUGUUCUUGUCAUCCAGCUUUAUCAAAAUGUUACUGUGAAAUAAGCGCAGGGGGGGAAAAAAACAUGCUGUUGAGAUUUUUGUUAUUUUUUAAUCAUGUUUAUACUAAAGUCAUCUUGCCGUGCUGUCAAGCGUUAAGGAAAUAAAUGUGAAUUUGACUUGA